GCCACUUUGAAUGUGCCUUCACAGUACAGCCAGCAGAAACUGAUAAACUGAUAAAAUACUGAUAAACUCCACUUGACCCUAAACUUUACUUGACCCUAUGGAUGAAUUGGUUGAAAACGGCGAAGAAAAGGCUGAUCAGCCUUUGCGAGAGUUAAGCACGCAGGUCAGCCAGCAGGAGGCGGCCAAGUCGGAGCUCGAAACAGAUGCUCAGUUGGACCUGAAUUCAGUCCCGCUUGAGACUGAGGAGACUGUUGCUGACAAUCUUGAGAAGAAAAUCACUUCACUAGAACAUACUGUUGCCAUCCUUAACACUAAUGAGGCAACCCAGACUUCAUGGUCAGAUGAUGAGGAAGAGUGGUGCCUUCUGAGUUCCAAGGCCGAACAGAGUCAGUGCCUGGAGGCUCUGUUGGAGCAGGUGCGGACCAAACAGAGCCAGCUGCACAGGCAGGUGCAGCGGCUUUGUCUCACUGGAAGCCAGCAGGACCAUUUCACAGCAACAGACACCACCAGGCUGCGUGGCUCUCACACGAACCACCUCCCACGCCAGUCUGAGGAGGAGGCGGGGAGCCACAGGUUGGACAACGGGAAAGGCAGGAGCAUGCAGAGGACGCGUAGAUUGGGUAGCCCCACCAGGGCACCCCCUGCCUGCCACAGCCCGACCAGGCACACCCCUGUAAAGGUAGCAGUGAGUGGACACAGCAUGGCAGCUAAAACAACAGUGCUCUGUAAGGCGCAUGGGGCCUACACAUCAGAGCUCUGCCCUUAUAGAACUCCUGUGUUAUCAAAGUUGGGUCUUGGAUUGUCUUGGGUAUAUCAGAUGGAGGGGAUGUUGUAUAUCUAUCAUUUCAUGAUGAAAUAA